AGGAAGUAUAUUUAUAAGGAAGUGAAGGAAGAAACUGACAAUAUCGGUAGAAGAAAAAUGUUUCUAAGCUGAGUGAGUUUUGACUUAGAUCAAAAUUAGUCUCUCUGGGGAGAGAGAGGAGGAGACCACUGCCUCUAAAAUUAGUCUCUCUGGGGAGAGAGAGGAGGGGACUACUGCCUUUAAAAUGAGUCUCUCUGGGGAGAGAGAGGAGGAGACCACUGCCUCUAAAAUUAGUAUCUUUGGGGAGAGAGAGGACGGGACCACUGCCUCUAAAAUUACUCAAGACACCAGUUCAAAGUGUGUCCAGAAGCCCAGAGCAGAGUCACCUACAACCAGCCUGCUAUCAAUGAAGAGUGAUCAGCCACCUGCUUUCAGCCAGGAACCAUUAACAGAUGACAAUAAGAAAGUCGAGAGUUUGGACAGUGAGGAUGUAAUAAAGAUCACACCCAACCUUCUGGACAGAAGAAGUCAAACUCUGCUGACAGUCCAACAAGACGUUAAGGCUAAACUGAAACACAAGUAUCAACACAUAUCUGAAGGAAUUGGACACCAUGGAAAUCAAAGUUUGUUCAAGGACAUCUACACAGACCUCUACAUCACAGAGGGUGGAAGUGGAGGGCUCAAUAAUGAACAUGAGAUUAGACAGAUCGAGAUGGCAUCCAAGAAACUAACCACACAAGAGACACCAAUCAAAUGCAACGACAUCUUCAAGCCUUUACCUGGACAAGACAAACCUAUCAAAACUGUGCUGACCAAAGGAAUCGCUGGCAUUGGAAAAACAGUCUCUGUGCAGAAGGUCAUCCUUGACUGGGCAGAAGGAAAAGCAAAUCAGGACGUUCAUUUCAUGUUUCCUCUUCCUUUCCGUGAUCUGAACCUGAAAAAGGACCAAUACAGUCUGAUGCAACUUCUUGCCCACUACUUCUCAGAGCUGAAAGAGAUUGACAGCAUUGAAGAUGGUGAAACCAAAACUGUUUUCAUUUUUGAUGGUCUGGAUGAGUGUCGACUUCCUCUAGACUUCAAAAACAAUGAGAAAUGCUGUGAUGUCACGAAACCAACCUCAGUGGACGUGCUGCUGACAAACCUCAUUAAGGGGAAUCUGCUUCCUUCUGCUCUCCUCUGGAUUACCUCAAGGCCUGCAGCAGCCAAUCAGAUCCCUCCUGAGUGUGUUGACCAGGUGACAGAGGUACGAGGGUUCAAUGAUCCACAGAAGGAGGAGUAUUUCAGGAAGAAAAUCACAGAUCAGAACCUGGCCAAUGAAAUCAUCAAGCACAUGAAGACAUCAAGGAGCCUCCACAUCAUGUGCCACAUGCCAGUGUUCUGUUGGUUAUCAGCCACUGUCCUUGAGAUGAUGCUGAAAGAGGCAGAGAAGGAUGACGUCCCCAAAACUCUGACCCAGAUGUACUCACACUUCAUUCUCAUCCAAAUCAUUGUGAAGAACAAGAAGUACAACAAAGCCACAGAGACAAACCCCAAGGAACUGUCUCAGUCAGACAAAGAGAUGAUCCUGAAACUGGCAAAGCUGGCUUUCCAACAGCUGCAGAAGGGCAACCUGAUCUUCUAUGAGGAGGACCUGAGAGAGUGUGGCCUUGAUGUCACAGAGGCAUCAGAGUACUCAGCAUUGUGUACAGAGAUCUUUAAAGAAGAAUCUGGGGUGUACCAAGACAAGGUCUACAGCUUUGUGCAUCUGAGCAUUCAGGAGUUUCUAGCAGCAGUGCAUGCUUUAGAAUCAUGUCUGGACAAGAAGGAAAAUGUUUUCUCCCCCACUAGUGAUGAUGAAGAGAAGGAGUCAAUCCAGUUGUCGGACUUACACAGGAGAGCAGUGGACCAGGCCUUGAAGAGUAAGAAUGGACACCUGGACCUGUUCCUCCGCUUCCUUCUGGGUCUUUCACUGGAGUCCAAUCAGAAUCUGUUACGAGGCCUUCUGACACAGACAGGAAGUACAACACAGACCAAUGAGGAAACAGUUAACAGAACAGUCAGGUACCUUUCAGACAAGAUCAACCAGGAAUCCUCACCAGAAAGGAUCAUCAACUUGUUCCACUGUCUGAAUGAACUUGGUGCCAAUUCUCUUGUUGAAGACAUGCAGACCUCCCUGCGUUCAGGAACUCUUUCUGAAACAGAGCUAGAACCUGACCAAUGUUCAGCCCUGGCCUACCUGUUACUGAUGUCAGAGGAGGUGCUGGAGGAGUUUGACAUGAAGACAUACAACACGUCAAAGGAAGGUUAUCAGAGGUUGCUGCCGGUAGUGAGAACCUGCAAGAGAGCACUACUGCAUGGCUGUAAACUCGCAUAUGAAUCUUGUGAGACUCUGGCCUCAGCUCUGCAGACACCAACCUCCCCCCUGAGAGAACUGGACCUCAGCUACAAUGACCUGGGAGACAGAGGAGUGAAGCUGCUCUGUAUUGGACUAACCAGUCCACUCUGCAACAUACAGACACUAGUUCUAGGUCAGUGUGGUCUGACAGAGGGUUGCUGUUCAGAUCUGGCCUCAGUCCUGAGUUCACCCAACUCACAACUGAAACAACUGGAGCUGAGAGACAAUGACCUGCAGGACUCAGGAGUUACAUUGCUGUCUGCUGGACUGGAGGAUCCAGACUGUAAACUACACACACUUGGGCUGUCUGGCUGUCUGGUCUCAGAGGAGGGCUGUACUGCUCUGUCUUCAGCUCUGAGGUCAAACCCUUCCCACCUGAAAAAGCUGGACCUGAGCUACAAUCACCCAGGAGACUCUGUAUGGGGACUGCUUUCAGCUGCUCUGGUGGAUCCCACAUUUAAACUGAUGAAGCUGAAUGUGGAUCAUGGUGGAGAGUGCUGGCUGAAAUCAGGACUGAGGAAAUAUGCCUGUCAUCUCACUAUGGACCCAAAUACAGAAAACCCAAACCUGAUACUGUCUGAGGGGAACAGAAAGGUGACACGGGUGGUGGAGAAGCAGCCUUAUGAAGACCAUCCAGACAGAUUUGACUCUCUGUACCAAGUUCUCUGCAGAGAAGGCUUAUCUGGAGGUCGUUAUUACUGGGAGGUGGAGAGGGAUGGUUCCGGGGCUGACAUUGGUGUGGUGUACAAAGGAAUGAAGAGGAAGGGAAGGGAGGAUGACAGUUGGAUUGGAUCCAAUAGGGAAUCCUGGUGUUUAUACUGCUCUCAUAGUGGUUAUGAAUUUAACCAUACUGCAUUCUGCAGAUCCAUCUCUGGUCCUGAUUCUGACAGAGUUGGAGUGUAUCUGGACUGGUCAGCUGGUACUUUGUCCUUCUAUAGUGUGUCCUCCUCUGGUACACUGACACACCUUCACACAGAACACACCACAUUCACUGAACCCCUCUAUCCUGGGUUUGGGGUUUACUCCUCCUCCUCAGUGACCCUGUGUCAGAUAGAUGACCAACACAUUCAGAGAGACCAUGGUGGAGAGAGUUGGACCAAGCCUGGACCUGAGAACACCAGAGACCAUGGUGGAGAGAGUUGGACCAAGCCUGGACCUGAGAACACCAGAGACCAUCGUGGAGAGAGUUGGACCAAGCCUGGACCUGAGAACACCAGAGACUAUGGUGGAGAGUGUUGGAUCAAACCUGGACCUGAGAACACCAGAGACCAUCGUGGAGAGAGUUGGACCAAGCCUGGACCUGAGGACACCAGAGACCAUGGUGGAGAGUGUUGUAUCAAGCCUGGACCUGAGAACACCAGAGACCAUCGUGGAGAGAGUUGGACCAUGCCUGGACCUGAGAACACCAGAGACCAUGGUGGAGAGUGUUGGAUCAAGCCUGGACCUGAGAACACCAGAGACCAUCGUGGAGAGAGUUGGACCAAGCCUGGACCUGAGAACACCAGAGACCAUGGUGGAGAGAGUUGGAUCAAGCCUGUACCUGAGAACACCAAAGACCAUGGUGGAGAGAGUUGGACCAAGCCUGGACCUGAGGACACCAGAGACCAUGGUGGAGAGAGUUGUACCAAGCCUGGA